CAACUUAAAAAUCGAACAACAAAAAUGAAAACUAUUUGUGAUUAGCCGGAAAAUUAAGUAUCAUCCUUAGAUUGAUUUAUCUGUGUUUCUCAUUAUUCAAAAUAAGACAUGUUAUCCUCAAAUUAUUUUUGUUAUUUUCUUCUUUCUUGUGCUGUCAUUCCUCAUGUUGUUUUAUCUAAAGGAGAAUUAAAAAAUUUAAAUGAAGACAAUUGGACUGAUAUGUUGCAUGAAGAAUGGAUGGUUGAAUUUUUUGCACCGUGGUGUCCAGCAUGUCAGCAACUUCAACCUUUAUGGAAAGAAUUUGCACAAUGGAGUGAAGAUCUGGGUAUAAAAGUAGGAAAUAUAGAUGUCACUACAAGUCCAGGUCUUAGUGGCCGUUUUAUGAUAACUGCAUUGCCUACAAUUUUUCAUGUUAAAGAUGGUGUCUUUCGACAAUACAGAGGAGCUAGGGAUAAAGAAUCCUUUAUUAGCUUUGUGGAAGAAAAGAAAUGGCAGAGUAUUGACCCAAUACCUAGUUGGAAAUCCCCACAAUCUUACCAGAUGGCUACCGUUUCUUCAUUCUUCAAAUUAUCCAUGUUCCUAAGGAGUAUGCACAAUACUAUGAUGGAAGAUUAUGGAAUACCAACUUGGGGAUCUUAUGUUAUCUUUGGCCUUCUGACCAUUUUAGUUGGUGCGCUUCUUGGUUUGCUCGUGGUUUGUAUAAUUGAUUUCUUUUGUCCUUCAAGAAUUGGUUAUCAGCCAGUACCUAGAAAUGAAAACUCUGAUGCCCUGCAUGGCAAAAAACAUGAAAGUGAUGGGGAAUAUGAAGGUGAAGAUGUUAUUAAAGAAGAUGUUGCUGAUGACGUAGAUAUUAGAAGAAGAAAAGAAAAAACUCCAAAAUGAUGUAAAGAUAUUUUCCCUUCUCCAUCCAAAAUCACUUUUCACUUUGUUAAAAACAUUAAUUAUAAACGAAUAGAAGCAAUAUGUAAAUUAUUUGUAAAAAUCACUAUUUUUGUACAUUUUGAUGCAAAUACUUUAAAUUUGUACUGUUUGAAAAUGUCUUGAUAUUUAAUCACAUAUAGGAUAGGCCAGUUUAAGUAUGUAUUUUUUUCACUAUAAUUUUACAAUAAAAUCUCUCUAUUAUGAUUCUUUAGAAUAACAUUUUUGUUUUGGUCUAAUUUUAAUAGUUUAUUGAUGCAUUUUGUUUCUUGCCAGAAUCAUUUUGAUCUUUUCAUUAAUGCAAAAUAUCACAAAAACAUUAAAAUUGAUCUGAUAAAAAUAUCUGUUGGGAAAUGUUGAUUUAUAGAUUGAUAUAAAAUGCAUCUUUGUCUGAAAUUUGCUUCAUUUUUUUUUUAGAGUUGGUUUUUGUCUGCAUUUUAAUCUAAUAUUAUAGGUGUUUUUUGUUAAUUUUCUGUGUUUCCAUGGUAAAAUGAUAUUUUCAAACAAUUGAAGAUCUCAUCUUUCCAGUUUCAGACGCCUUAAAUAAAUACUGUGGGAAAGAGGAGAGAUCUGAGUAUUAUUUUUAUGCUUAUUGAAGGUGACUUCUAAAUAGUUAACUUUUCUUAAAUGUUAGAUACCAUUAUAUAUAUAUAUAAUAUGAAAAAAGUUUAUAGAUAUAUUUGAAUACAAAGUGCUUGUUUAUAGAUAUGUUUAAAACUCUAAAUAAGAUUAUGACACUUAUAAGAGGUAUGCAAAUGCAGAUUUUGUCUGAGAGAUAUAGGUUUUCUAUUUCGUUAGGAAACAAUGAAAAGCUGGAAAAAUAUUACUUAAGGAAAUUUUAGGAGUUGUAAUUAUGGAAUUUUAUACUCAAUAUUGUAAAUUUACUACUGCUGUGAUCAUAUAGGUUGUCAUGCUCAAAGUACUUUAUAUAUAUUGUUACAAUUGAUUUCAAUCCAAGUUAUGCAAGUCUUCAAUCUAAGCUAUGCCUUUCUUUGUUGAAGUUUGUGCUGUUAAACUGAUAAAUAAAAAGUUCUUUUUUACACUUUUUUAGACUUUUUAUAUAGUUAUUAAUAUGUCUGGUUGAAGUUUGUGUUUUGCUAUUUAUAUCAUUUUAUUGUGUGAAUUUUUCUGAAUGUCCCUAUGUUUUAAGUAAUGUUUGUUGUGUUUUAUUCCAAGUACU